UUUCCAGCACCUCCCGCUGCCCACCGCCGGUAUCGCGGGCUUUCCGCGGCUCUUCCCCCCGCCUGUGGCCAAGGAUCACCCGGUACUACUCGUAUUUAGCACGUUUUAUCCCGUUUUAGCUGGUUUUACCGCGGUUUCAUGCAUUUUAGCCGGUUUGAGCUCGUUUUCUUGGCUAGAGACGCGCCCAUGGUACCGGCACUUUAAACCUUCCCGAGGCGCCGGGCAUUGCCGGCCCAGCACCAAGCCCGGGGCGCUGAGGGUCGCAGCAGCCGAGCCGGAGCCCCGCUCCCCCCCGUCCCCGGGCUCACGCCAUACCACACCUCACCCCCCCGGCACUGACAGCACCCGGCCGGCGCCAUCUUGGCAAGCGCUCGGGUCACAUGACACCCCGCGAGCUCUCGCGAUACUUUUUCCCGUGAGGGCCUCCCGCCCCCUAUUUCCCGCGCGCGCGCCGCGGAGCUCUCGCGAGAGCCGCGUGCUGUAGACGGGAAGGACAAGAUGGCGGCGACAACGACGAUGGCGCUGGGUACAGAGUCCAUUAAGAUGGAAAAUGGGCAAAGCACGGCAGCAAAGCUGGGGCUGCCCCCUCUCACCCCAGAGCAGCAGGAAGCUCUCCAGAAAGCCAAGAAGUACGCGAUGGAGCAGAGCAUCAAGAGCGUGCUGGUGAAACAAACCAUCGCCCACCAGCAGCAGCAGCUCACCAACCUCCAGAUGGCAGCAGUGACAAUGGGCUUUGGAGAUCCUCUCUCACCUUUACAAUCGAUGGCGGCUCAGAGGCAGCGGGCACUCGCCAUCAUGUGCCGGGUCUACGUGGGCUCCAUCUACUACGAGCUGGGGGAGGACACCAUCCGCCAGGCCUUCGCCCCCUUCGGGCCCAUCAAGAGCAUCGACAUGUCCUGGGACUCGGUCACCAUGAAGCACAAGGGCUUUGCCUUUGUGGAAUACGAGGUUCCUGAAGCCGCCCAGCUGGCCCUGGAGCAGAUGAAUUCUGUCAUGCUGGGGGGAAGGAACAUUAAGGUGGGGAGGCCCAGUAACAUUGGGCAGGCUCAGCCCAUCAUUGACCAGCUGGCAGAGGAGGCUCGGGCCUUCAACCGCAUCUACGUGGCCUCUGUGCACCAGGACCUGUCUGAUGAUGACAUCAAGAGCGUCUUCGAAGCCUUUGGGAAGAUCAAAUCCUGCACCUUGGCCAGGGACCCCACGACAGGGAAGCACAAAGGCUACGGCUUCAUUGAGUACGAGAAGGCGCAGUCCUCCCAGGACGCCGUGUCCUCCAUGAACCUCUUUGACCUGGGGGGUCAGUACCUGCGGGUGGGCAAGGCUGUGACACCCCCAAUGCCACUCCUGACCCCAGCCACACCUGGGGGGCUCCCACCUGCAGCUGCUGUCGCUGCUGCUGCCGCCACCGCCAAGAUCACGGCUCAGGAAGCCGUGGCAGGAGCCGCAGUGCUGGGCACACUGGCCACACCAGGGCUUGUGUCCCCUGCCCUGACCUUGGCCCAGCCCCUGGGGGCUCUGCCCCAGGCCGUGAUGGCUGCACAGGCCCCCGGUGUCAUCACAGGUGUGACCCCCGCCCGGCCGCCCAUCCCGGUCACCAUCCCGCAGGUGGGGGUUGUGAACCCCAUCCUGGCCAGCCCCCCGGCCCUGGGGCUGGUGGAGGUCAAGAAGGAGAAGGAGGAGGAGGAGGUGUUCCAGGAGUCAGAGCGGCCGGAGAUGCUGAGCGAGCAGGAGCACAUGAGCAUUUCGGGCAGCAGCGCCCGGCACAUGGUCAUGCAGAAGCUGCUCCGCAAGCAGGAGUCCACGGUGAUGGUGCUGCGGAACAUGGUGGACCCCAAGGACAUCGACGACGACCUGGAGGGAGAAGUGACGGAAGAGUGCGGGAAGUUCGGGGCUGUCAACAGGGUCAUCAUCUACCAGGAGAAGCAGGGGGAGGAGGAGGAUGCCGAGAUCAUCGUCAAGAUCUUUGUGGAAUUCUCCAUGGCCUCAGAGACUCACAAGGCCAUCCAGGCGCUCAACGGGCGCUGGUUCGCGGGCAGGAAGGUGGUGGCCGAGGUCUACGACCAGGAGAGGUUUGACAACAGCGACCUCUCAGCAUGAACUGCAUCCCAUGGCUGGGCUUGGAUCUGGGGCAUGGGCCCAACUCUGAUCCCGGGGCUUGGCCAAGCUUGGAUCCUGGGAAUCAGCCCAGCUGUGAUCCCAGUGCUCAUCCACACUCCAAGGAAUCAGCCCAACUUCGUUCCAAGGAAUUGGCCAAGUUCUACUCCAGGGACCAGCCCUGCCCCCCUCUCUCCCAGGAUUUUUGUAGCCGUGUGUAAAGGACAUUCCAGGACAUUCCAGGGCGGGGACAGGGAUCUGGUGUCUGGGGAGUUGAGAUAAAAACACAAAGAAAGUUGG